GGGGCCGAGCGCGCAUCCUCCGUCUCAUUUGGCCGCGAGGUGCGGCUGCGACUCCUGCAAUAGAGCUGCACCUCCUGAGCCUCGUUUCCUCGGACCCCUGCUUUCUCCUUUCCUCCCCCUUCCUAAAGGAGUCCGCAUCCCUUCGCCGCACGCCUGGGAAGGCCUUGCGUUUCCUGUUCUGUCUCUACCUCGGGGCGGCUGGCAGCUCUCCCCCACCUUCAGCAGAGGAACGCAGCUUUGAUGACCCAGCGUGAGGUUCUUGCCUGUGGACUGUAAAGAUCAACUAGUUUGAAAAUGGAACAAGAAACAGCAGGUUCUUCUCGAAAUACCGAACAGUCUAUUAUCUCAGAGGAGUUAAUUUCAGAAGGAAAAUGGGUCAAACUUGAAAAAACAACUUACAGAGAUCCUACUGGUAAAACAAGAACGUGGGAGACCGUGAAGCGGACAACCAGGAAAGGCCAGUCGGCUGACGGUGUGGCAGUCAUCCCUGUGCUGCAGAGAACCCUUCACUACGAAUGCAUCAUUCUGGUGAAGCAGUUCCGACCCCCGAUGGGGGGCUACUGCCUAGAAUUCCCUGCGGGUCUCAUUGACGACAACGAAAGCCCAGAAGCAGCUGCUCUUCGGGAACUCGAGGAGGAAACUGGCUACAAGGGCGACGUUGCUGACUGCUCUCCAGCUGUGUGCAUGGAUCCAGGCUUGUCAAACUGUACCGCACACAUCGUGACCGUAACUAUCAAUGGAGAUGAUGCUGAAAAUGUAAGGCCUAAGCCAAAGCCAGGAGAUGGAGAAUUUGUGGAAGUAAUUUCCUUACCAAAGAAUGACCUGCUGAAUAGACUUGAGGCUCUGAUAGCUGAAGAACAUCUGACGGUGGACGCCAGAGUCUAUUCCUACGCUCUGGCAUUGAAACACGCAAACACGAAGCCGUUUGAGGUGCCCUUCCUGAAGUUUUAAGGCCGAAGGACAGUAGCCGUCCUUUUGUAAACAGGACACCAGGCCUCCUUCACUGAGACUUCAUAAUCAGCUUAGUUGUAAUGGAGAUUUGAAAUUAGCUCUUUCUUAAAAUAAAACAACACAGAAUGCA